AUGCCCCAAUCUGAUGACAGCGAGAGUGAAGAGGAGCAUUUAGAUGACGAGCACCUGUGGGAGGACAUUAAUUCUCAGGAAGACACCGAAUUACCCUGGUCAUCUGGUGCACGUCUUUCCUGCUUUGCACACUCUCUGCAAUUAGUUGUGAAUGACGGCAUGAAGGAGGUCAAGGCCAUUUCUCACACAAUAGCCAAAACAUCACGGUUCACCACCUUAUUGCAUAGCAGUUCACAAUUCAAAGACAAGUUUGAGGCUACGUUUGGCACUAAUAGGACCAGUCCAGCUGCAAACACAACUCGAUGGAACAGUAUAUUUAAACAAGUACAGGCCUUCACAGCUCUGGACCACAAAGCCCUGAAUGAAAUGUGCAGCAAGGAUCACGAGGAGUUGGUGUUUAGUGCCCGUGAGUGGAACCAUCUGAAGGAACUGAGUGCAGUUCUUGCUCCAUUUUCUGAGGUAACAGACCUGACAGAAGGGGAGAAAUCAGUUACCAUUAGUAUGGUGGUUCCAACUGUCCUGGACUUGAAUACACACCUCCUCAAGAUGGAGGACACUCGAAUGCAGUGCCAGUCAUUGGUCAGAGCCCUCCAGCAGUCUCUGGUGAAAAGAUUUUCUGGAAUCUUUUUAAAAACAAGCAUGGCCAAAGACAGUGGAAGAGAGGAACCUUUUAACCACAAUGUUUACUUCUUGGCCACCAUGCUGGAUCCUCAGUUUGGCUUAAGCUGGGUGGACUUAGAUGUUACCAAUGGGGGAAAUUCAACAUCAGUGAAAAAGUUCAGAGAUGAGCUUAAGAAGACACUGACAGAAACAUUGAUCUUAGAGGUGGAGAAGAUGAUGGACAUGAAAGAAGACACGUGCUCAGAAGUUGUGAAUGUGGAUCCAGCCGCAGCCAGUGAUUCGCCACCAAACAAAUACCCUCGCCUUCUGUCCCGCUACAAGGCAUACAAAAAGCACAGCUCAGACCAGGAUUCAAGCAUACACACACAGAUAAGGACAUACUUUGAUGCCAUCCGUGGUCUUGACCACAACACUACAAGCAGGUCAGUGGGGAUGUCAGCUCCAGUUUCCUUGCUGGACUGGUAUGAGAGAAGAAGAGAACUCAUCAUCGUGAUGGAGCGACCAGUUCCUGCUGAGGACCUCCUUAAAUACAUAGAAAGAAACGGAGGUACCCUCAAGGAAGACGAGGCCAAGAUUAUACUAAAGCAGCUGCUUGAUGCUGCCAUGCACCUUCAGCGUGAAAGCAUCUUUCAUCGUGACAUCAAGACAGAAAACAUAUUGAUUGAAACCGGCUCCGAAUUCACAAGACUUCGCUUGAUCGACUUUGGAAUGAGCUGCAUGGAUAAAUAUGGAACCAGCUACUCUGAUUUUUAUGGCACCGCUCUUCACGUCCCUCCUGAAUUGUUGUUUCAGUUUACGUAUAGUGCUGAACCAACAACGGUUUGGCAGCUCGGAGUGGUCCUGUUCGAUGUUCUCCACAAACGAGCGUUCAGCUCCGUGAUGUUCCUCAUCAGAAAGAUUAGGAUCAGUUACCGUCUCUCUGAAGAUUGCAGAGAUUUACUGAAGAGAUGUUUGAACAUGUUCCCAGAAGAGCGUCCCACCCUGAAGGAGCUUCAACGUCACCCUUGCUUCACGUGAAACACACACACACAUUUGUAAAAAUUCAUGGGCUGCAUGGUGGUAGUGUUAGCACUUUGCCUCACAGAAAGAAGGUUUCCGGUCUGAAUCCCAGCUGGGGCCUCUCUGUGUGGAGUUUGCAUGUUCUCCCCGUGCAUGCGUGGGUUUUCUCUGGGCGCUCCAGUUUCCUCCCACACUCAAAAAACAUGCUUGUUUUUGUGUGUCAGAAACAACUUUGAAAAGAUUAAUUUUAUCCCCUUUUGUCUGUUUUUUCAUGUUGUUUUGAGUUUUAGGUGAGCGAGAGGAUUAACAGUCCCAGGGCAGCGCCGAACCUUUCAUGACAUCACACACCUCAACAAAACGUCAC